CCUGCAGGUAUCCGCACGCACAGAACUCACCAUAAUAAAAAAAUAAAAAUUAAUUUAAUUAAUUAUUAAUUAAUUGAAAAUAUAUCAUUUAAUUUUAGUUCUCCAUCGUACUUGAAUAUCAGAGCCUGGAUUAAAUCUUGGCAAGUUCAUGGUAAUCAUAUGUUGUUAUUACCCAUCUAGUGUGAGUGAUACCUUUCCCAUUAAGUGUUAGUAAUACCCUGUUUGAUAUUUAAAUUGUUUUAUAUCCAGUUAUAAAUCAUUUCAAUACCUUUUCGAGACUUCAAUUUCAAACUAUCACUAUAUCAAACUUAUCAAUAUAUAUAUAUAUAUAUAUAUACAUAAACAUUUAUCAAUCAAGAAAGGAUCUUAUCUCACUAACUAUAAACUAUUCUAAUCGCAAACUUCAUAUCAUGAAUUAUAUAUCAUCCCUCAAUACUAGCAAUCUUCAACAAUCUCAAGAUUCUCAACAUCACGCUCAGAUUCAAUUACAGCAAAAGAUUCAACAAGGUCAACUUCAACAACAACAACAGCAACAUCAAGAUAACUUAUUCGUCAGAUCUAAAAGUAUACCAUUAUCUUCAAACUCCGAAGAAUUAAAAAAUUUAAUCAUCGCUUCUACUCAUAAUAAUAGUAGUAUCAAUAACACUAAUCAUUCCAGUAUGGAUAAUCAACUUGAUUCCAAUAAAAUGACAAAUCAGUAUACAACUGAUGGUCAAAACUUAUUAUUAGUUAACUCUUCUAACGUUUUAUCUCCUACUGAUACUUCAAAUAAUAAUAUGAUUCCAUCAAAUUCAAAUGGUCAAAUGUCAAGUCAUAAUAGUUCAAAUACUUUAACCACAAAUACUGCUCAAACCUCAGUAUCUAGCUCCAAUAUUCAACAACUAGCUUCUCAAUCCGAACCUGCUACUCAUCCAUCAUCAAAUACUACCGCUUCAUUAUUUCCCUUCCAUAAUGCAUUUGAUAUAAAUGCUUAUCCUGUUACAAAUCCUCCAAUAUUUGAUUCAACUGUGGUGUUACCAUAUUAUUCUAAUGAAGGCGUUCCAAGAAGAAGAAGAAUAUCGAUUUCCAAUGGUCAAAUUGGUCAAAUAAUCAGUCAUGAAGCCUUUUUUGAUAAUGAAAAUCCAAAUAAUCCUCUCUUUGAUGAUGAUGAAUUUACUUUUAAUCAACAACAUCAUAAUCAACAUCAAACUCAAGAUGAUUCUCAUAUAUUAAACCAACAGUUUCAACAACAUUUACAAUUCCAACCUCAACAACAACCACAACAAACUUUAUUGGCUCAUACUGACGCUUCAACCCUCCCUAUAGUCCCAGUUAAACAAGAAGAAAUCAAAGCUUCAGUUCCAGUUGAUCCUCUUGCUAAUGCUGCUGGUGUCCCACCUCCAAAUCAUCAAUUGAUAUAUAACAAUGAAGUUAUAUUCAGCACUAACAACGGUCCAAUCCCAGGAACUGCCGCUUGGAAAAAAGAAAGAUUACUUGAAAGAAAUAGAAUAGCUGCAUCUAAAUGUAGACAAAGAAAAAAGCAAGCUCAUAUUCAAUUACAAGAUAAUGUUGGUAAAAUGGAAAGACAAUUAGUUGAAAGACAAAUUAAAAUUAAUUCUUAUGAAAAAUUAGUUAAAAGGUAUAAUGAUGCUUUGAAAGCUUACUUUGCCAAAGGUGGUUCUGAACUUUCUGAAUUAAAGAAAUUUGUCAAUAUUAAAAAAAUCGAAGAUAUCAAAGAUAUGCUUUGAUUUACUCUUCUUUAUACACUUAAAAAGCUUUCUAUUCACAUUGUUAUUCCGGUUAUUAUUUUUCAAGUUUUAGUUCUUCCUGUGGUUUCUUCUUCUUAUUAGUAUUAUUACUUUUGCUUUCUCUUUUUAUGUAUGGUUUUGUUU